AUGGCCCGAGUUGGCCAGGCACAUCCUGAGGCAGCAAAGUGUGACCAGUCUUGGCCACACUAUCGAUUCCACCUGGCUGUUCUCUUCCGAUUGUUCGGGCCAGUUCAUGCCUGGUAUCGGGACAGGGACGCGUACUUACAAUGGCACACGGCGUUAGUUACGACCGCGAGGAUGCUGUUUCGCUGCCCGUCCUUUCAGAAAAACCAAUCAGACGUCGUUAAGGCGCGAGGAUUGUGCAAUCGAGUGUUAGAGAACAUCGAGAGCUCCACAUUCGAGCAGCUCUUUACAUCAUGCACUUCACUUGUGUGUUCACGUAUGAAGUGUUAA